GUAUACUCCAUCCUCCCAACUCCGUAAUCAAGAAGAUGCAAAAGAAUGGCUACGGUCCCAUUCAGCAGGCGGACUUCAGGAUACUGCUGGCAAUUCUCCAUUUUCAUCUGGAUCCAGCAUAACAUCACCCUCUGGAACUAGAUUUAACUUCUCGCAGCUUGCAAGCCCAACCACUGCAGCCCAGAUGAGCCUGUCAAAUCCAACCAUGCUGCGGACCCACAGCCUUUCCAAUGCAGAUGGUCCUUAUGACCCCUAUAGUGAUACGCGCUUCAGGAACAGCUCGAUGUCCCUGGAUGAGAAAAGCAGAACAAUGAGCCGGUCUGGCUCUUUCCGCGAUGGCUUUGAAGAAGUGCAUGGUUCUUCUCUCUCUUUGGUGUCCAGUACGUCAUCUAUUUAUUCAACACCUGAAGAGAAGUGCCAGUCAGAGAUUCGCAAGCUACGAAGAGAGUUGGAUGCAUCCCAAGAAAAAGUGUCAGCUCUGACAACUCAGUUGACUGCCAAUGCUCACCUGGUGGCAGCAUUUGAGCAGAGCCUGGGGAACAUGACGAUCAGACUGCAGAGCCUGACAAUGACAGCGGAACAAAAGGACUCAGAACUGAACGAGUUAAGGAAGACUAUUGAACUACUGAAGAAGCAAAAUGCUGCUGCCCAGGCUGCCAUCAAUGGAGUCAUCAACACACCUGAGCUCAACUGCAAAGGACCUGGAGCUGCUCAACCCACAGACCUGCGGAUCCGAAGGCAGCACUCUUCGGAUAGCGUCUCCAGUAUUAACAGUGCUACCAGUCACUCCAGUGUGGGAAGCAACAUAGAGAGUGAUUCAAAGAAAAAGAAGAGGAAGAACUGGGUCAAUGAGUUACGCAGCUCCUUCAAGCAAGCUUUUGGUAAAAAGAAAUCUCCCAAGUCAGCAUCUUCUCACUCAGAUAUUGAGGAGAUGACCGAUUCUUCAUUACCUUCUUCACCAAAGCUACCACACCAUAACUCCACUGUUUCAACACCAUUGCUGAGAGCUUCCCAUUCCAAUUCUCUUAUUUCUGAAUGCACUGACAGUGAAGCUGAAACGGUCAUGCAGUUACGAAAUGAGCUAAGAGACAAGGAGAUGAAGUUGACUGAUAUUCGUCUAGAAGCCCUUAGCUCCGCUCAUCAGCUUGACCAGCUUCGGGAGGCGAUGAACAGAAUGCAGAGUGAGAUUGAAAAAUUAAAAGCAGAAAAUGAUCGGCUGAAAUCUGAAAACCACGGCAGCUGUAGCAGGGCUCAGUCUCAGGUUUCCAUUUCAUCCUCUCCAAGACAUUCAGUGGGUCUCUCUCAACACAGUUUGAACCUCACGGAGUCAACCAGUCUCGACAUGCUGUUAGAUGACAGUGGAGAUAGCUCUGCCCGGAAAGAAGGAGGCAGGCACGUCAAAAUAGUUGUCAACUUUCAGGAUGAGAUGAAAUGGAAGGAGGAUUCGAGACCUCGCACCUUCCUCAUAGGCUGCAUCGGAGUCAGUGGCAAGACCAAAUGGGAUGUUCUGGAUGGGGUUGUAAGACGGUUGUUUAAGGAGUAUAUCAUUCACGUGGAUCCUGUGAGCCAGUUGGGACUGAAUUCAGACAGUGUUCUGGGCUACAGCAUUGGAGAAAUCAAACGCACUAAUAGUGCAGAGACACCUGAGCUGUUGCCCUGUGGCUAUCUAGUUGGAGAAAACAACACUAUUUCAGUUACCAUCAAAGGUGUCUGCGAGAACAGUUUGGACGGUCUGGUGUUUGAAUCACUGAUCCCAAAGCCUAUCCUGCAGCGUUAUGUCUCUCUUCUGAUGGAACAUAGACGGAUUAUCUUAUCUGGCCCCAGUGGCACUGGUAAAACAUACCUGGCAAACCGCCUGUCUGAGUAUAUGGUCCUUAGAGAGGGCAGGGAGUUGGCCGAUGGCAUUAUUGCAACCUUCAACGUGGACCAUAAAUCCAGUAAGGAACUCCGCCAAUACCUGUCCAACCUCGCAGACCAGUGUAACAGUGAAAAUAACGCUGUGGAUAUGCCUCUUGUAAUCAUUUUGGAUAAUUUGCAUCAUGUUAGCUCCCUAGGAGAGAUCUUUAAUGGACUUCUAAACUGCAAGUACCACAAAUGUCCGUAUAUUAUUGGCACAAUGAACCAAGCCACCUCCUCAACACCUAAUCUUCAGCUUCACCAUAAUUUCAGAUGGGUGCUGUGUGCUAACCACACUGAGCCAGUCAAAGGCUUCCUUGGCCGUUUCUUGAGAAGAAAACUAAUUGAAACAGAGAUCAGCGGCAGGAUGAGAAAUGCAGAGCUGGUUAAAAUUAUUGAUUGGAUUCCCAAGGUCUGGCAACAUCUGAACAAAUUCUUGGAGGCCCACAGCUCCUCUGAUGUUACUAUUGGUCCACGGCUCUUCCUCUCCUGUCCGAUAGAUGUAGAUGGUUCUAGAGUUUGGUUUACUGACUUGUGGAACUACUCCAUCAUCCCGUAUCUUCUGGAGGCAGUUAGAGAAGGGCUACAGUUGUAUGGGAGGAGAGCGCCCUGGGAGGAUCCUGCCAAAUGGGUGAUGGACACCUACCCCUGGGCGGCCACCCCGCAGCACCAUGAGUGGCCUCCUCUGCUACAGCUGCGGCCUGAAGACGUGGGCUUUGACGGCUACUCCAUGUCACGGGAAGGCUCGACCAGCAAACAAGUUCCAGUGAGUGAUGCUGAAGGAGAUCCUUUGAUGAACAUGCUAAUGAGAUUGCAGGAAGCAGCCAACUACUCAAGUCCGCAGAGUUACGACAGUGACUCGAACAGCAACAGCCAUCAUGAUGACAUCCUCGACUCGUCUCUGGAGUCGACGUUGUGAUCUUCCUCGGAUAGAAAUAGGUUGUUCCCGUUAUCGCUCUCCCAUUUGCCAAGAACCCUGAUCACAGACUCAUGAAAAGAACACGUUCCUGGGCUGGGCUGGGAUCUCAGUAUUAGAGCUGCAAGAACAAGAAGACACUUGGAGUCAGUCUUGAACCUGGGUGCAGGCAACCCAAGCGACCUUUGUAUUGUUUGUCUUUUGAGGAUGAUGAGAACUGCACUAGUCCUUUGUUUUCUUCUGUUUAGUUGCUGUAAGCUCUCAUGCCUAAGAUACUGAAGAUGUUAAAAAUAAUCAUCAUUACUAAAAGUUGAAGGGGCGGGGAGGGGAACUUCACAGCUAUGAAGCAAACAGCUUUGUGCCAUGUACUGUCCAGAAGGAGAGGGGAGAGGAAAUUGUUGCCUAUGCUGCUUCUGACCAAACACAUUUAGGUGAGGGCUGGACUUUUACCAAUCAGCUUUGCGGAUUAAACUCAGCUUCAUAUAGUUCUGGUGCUAUAACAAUAUCGCUUGCCUUGGUAAUAAUACUCAAUAAAGGCAAAGCUGUAAACCAGGGAAGUUUGAAUAAAUAUUAAAAAAAGA